AUGCCCGACUCCUACGCCAGUUCUUCCUAUUACUACAGUUCGUCCACCGACACGGAUGAAGGCACCAUCACUGCUACCGGGCACCGAUACUCUACUACUUCGCAUACCGACUCUGAUGGAACGACUGUCGUAUGUACGGUGCAUCAAGAUUUGGGAGAGCCUCCUGUGAUUGAGGAGCGGCGCUAUGAUAGUACUGGUCAGGAAGAGGAAUUAGCCCUUCCUGGUCCGGAUGGGUCAUCUGCUGGUGGGUUGAGACGGAUCACAGACCUUGAUGAGUAG